AUGGCGGUCAGCUCAGACCCACAGCUCCAUACCCCCAUGUACAUCUUCCUGGUCAACCUGUCCUUGGGAGACCUGUGCUUUACCUCUACCACAGUCCCCAGAUUGCUCUAUUCUCUAUUUACUAGACACCAGUCCAUCAGUCACACAGCCUGCCUGACCCAAGUCUUCUUCUUCCACAUGGCAGGCAAUUUGAGCAGCUACGUGUUGGCAGCCAUGGCAUGGGACCGAUACCAUCAGAGAAUACAUACUGGGGAGAAACCCUAUGAGUGUAAAACAUGUGGGAAAGCCUUUAGUCACAGCUCAUCCCUUAGCCAACAUCAGAGGAUCCACACUGGAGAGAAACCCUUUGAAUGCAAUGAAUGUGGAAAAGCCUUCAGUAACAGCUCAUCCUUUACUAAACAUCAGAGAAUUCAUACUGGGGAGAAACGUUAUAAAUGUAGUGAAUGUGGAAAAGCCUUCAGCCAGAGCACACAUGUUAUUCAGCAUCAAAGAAUCCAUACUGGAGAAAAACCCUAUGAAUGUAAUCAGUGUGGAAAAGCCUUCAUUUGUUCAAGCAAGUCAGCUCUGAAACAUCAGAGAAUACAUACUGGGGAGAAACCCUAUGAGUGUAAAACAUGUGGGAAAGCCUUUAGUCACAGCUCAUCCCUUAGCCAACAUCAGAGGAUCCACACUGGAGAGAAACCCUUUGAAUGCAAUGAAUGUGGAAAAGCCUUCAGUAACAGCUCAUCCUUUACUAAACAUCAGAGAAUUCAUACUGGGGAGAAACGUUAUAAAUGUAGUGAAUGUGGAAAAGCCUUCAGCCAGAGCACACAUGUUAUUCAGCAUCAAAGAAUCCAUACUGGAGAAAAACCCUAUGAAUGUAAUCAGUGUGGAAAAGCCUUCAGUGAAAACUCAUCCCUUACUCGACAUCAAAUAAUCCAUUCUGGAGAAAAACCACAUGAAUGCAAUGAAUGUGGGAAAACUUUUCGGCACAACUCUUCUCUUAGUCAACAUCAGAGAAUUCAUACUGGAGAGAAACCCUAUGAGUGUAAUAUAUGUAGGAAAACAUUCAGUUGCAGAUCAUCACUUUGUAAACAUAAAAGACUCCACAUUGAGAAGUUAUGUAAAUGA